CAGUUAAAAUUAUAGUGCAAUAGUGUCAAAUAUUUAUGAAAUAUACUCGGGAGACAAGACACAAUCAAUAUUAAGAAUUAUAUACAAAAAUUAAAUUAUUUAUUGAGGAAAAGUUUUACAAAAAAUUCCAAAAUCCGGUCUCAAAACACAUUUCUCUUAAUUAAAUUACUUAUAAAGAAGUCUUGCUAGUGACGUGAAUAUGAAUGACAUAAAAAUGAAUGGUGUUUCUGAUGAAAACUUAAAAGAUGGAUUGUCGCUGACUGAAUUAUUCGAAAAAGGUGACGGGCUGACUUAUAAUGACUUCCUAUUAUUGCCGGGUUUCAUCGACUUUACUGCUGAUGAUGUUAGUCUCAAAUCACCAUUGACUAGAAAUUUGACAUUGAAUGCACCGCUGAUAUCAUCACCUAUGGAUACGGUUACAGAAUCUGAUAUGGCAAUUUCUAUGGCACUUUGUGGAGGAAUUGGCAUAAUUCAUCAUAAUUGUACACCAGAAUAUCAAGCGAAUGAGGUAUUGAAAGUUAAGAAGUAUAAACAUGGAUUUAUUAGGGAUCCGAUGGUAAUGUCACCCAACGCUACUGUUGCUGAUGUGCUCGAGGCAAAACGUAAAAAUGGAUUUACAGGCUAUCCAAUUACAGAAAAUGGCAAAUUGGGUGGAAAACUUGUUGGUAUUGUCACAUCAAGAGACAUAGAUUUUCGUGAAAAAGACGUUACUUUGAAACUCUCAGAUGUGAUGACAAAAGCUGAAGAUAUGGUAACGGCACAACAAGGCAUUAAAUUACAGCAAGCUAAUGAAAUACUCGAGAAGAGUAAGAAGGGAAAAUUGCCGAUAAUUAAUCAGAAUGGAGAACUUGUUGCGCUCAUUGCACGUACGGACUUGAAAAAAGCACGAAUUUAUCCAAAUGCUUCGAAAGAUAGCAACAAACAACUUUUGGUCGGUGCUGCAAUUGGCACACGGGAUGAUGAUAAAGCAAGAUUAAAGACCCUCGUCGAAAAUGGAGUCGAUGUUGUUGUUCUUGAUUCUUCACAAGGAAAUUCAAGCUUUCAGAUAAAAAUGAUCCGCUUCAUUAAGUCUACGUACCCAAAUGUUCAAGUGAUUGCCGGAAAUGUUGUUACACGUGCUCAAGCUAAGAAUCUUAUUGAUGCUGGUUGUGAUGGCUUAAGAGUCGGUAUGGGAAGUGGGUCAAUUUGUAUAACACAAGAAGUAAUGGCAUGUGGCUGUCCACAGGCAACAGCUGUUUAUCAAGUAUCUUCAUAUGCACGUAAAUUCGGAAUUCCAGUUAUUGCUGAUGGCGGUAUUCAAAACAUUGGACAUAUCAUGAAAGCAUUGAGUCUCGGAGCAUCUGCUGUCAUGAUGGGAUCAUUGCUCGCUGGCACAAGUGAAGCACCAGGAGAUUACUUCUUCUCUGAUGGAGUUCGUUUGAAGAAAUAUCGUGGGAUGGGAAGUUUAGAGGCUAUGGAACGUAAAGAUGCAAAAGGUGCUGCUAUGUCUCGAUAUUAUCACACUGAAAUUGAUAAAUUGCGUGUUGCCCAAGGUGUAUCUGGAAAUAUAGUCGAUAAGGGAUCAGUUCUUCGAUUCUUGCCAUAUCUCGAAUGCGGAAUUCAACAUAGUUGUCAGGACAUCGGUGCACGCUCAUUGGCUCAACUUAAUGAGAUGACAUAUGCUGGUGAAUUGAGAUUCAUGAAGCGAACACAUUCAGCACAAGCAGAAGGCAAUGUCCAUAGCUUAUUCUCAUAUGAGAAGCGUCUUUUCUAACAAUCAACAAAUGAUAGUAAAUUGAAGGGACGAUUUGAGUAAGUAGAACUAGAUGAGAAAGAAAUUUUAAAAUUUUCGUUCCAAAAAAUCUAAAUUUUUGAUGAUAAAUGAAAAAAAAUUCCAAAAUUGUUUAAAAUUUAAUGUUAGUUUAAAAGUUAAAGUGGUAGAUGCUUAAAAAUUGUCAAAAAAACCCCACCCAUCACUAGGCACUACCCCCAAAAAACGUGGUAUAAAUAUUUCUGUGACAUCAAAGAACUUAAUUGUCUGCGCAAUUAGAUUGUGCAUAUUUUUUAUAAGUCAUAAACAAAAAGAAUGAAACAAGAACCUUAUACAUCCC